GGAUGGAUGAGCCGUUCCACCUUCCACAUUUUCGUUCAAAGGUCACAAGAUGUCAUCCGACUUGAUUUGGCUGUUGACCCGCGAUCAGUCUGCCUUCCUCGUGAAGCGCAACGGUGUUCAAUUGAGCAGGGAGCCGGGUAACCUACUCAACCGGAACUCGUUGAAGUACUCUGGAUUGGCUCAGAAGAAGACCAUUGAUAUCUCCACGGCCGGCACCAACGGUGCAGUUGUCUCCGUCAAGAAGACCUCUGUUCCUGCCUCCAAGCCGAGCAAAAGUGUGAGCAAGACCACUCUCAAAAAGUCGACUCGUGCCGGAGCAAAAUCCGUCCGUAAUAUCAUUCGUACCUACCGCCCAGAUUUAGAAAAGGCCGCCUUGGCUCGUCUCUCUCGUGUCCUGGAAAGCCAAAAGCCUGGCAAGGUCAACAAGCCAAAGAAGCUGCGUGGUGCCAAGGCUCGCAAGGCCACCACCGCUUAGGUCCUGUGCACUUUAAAUAUAUUGCCUAAACCCGUAAAAGCAAUCUUCUUUCAUAUGUCUGCUUAAAGUACGAGUAAUCUAGUGUAACCUAUCAUGAUGCAGAGCUACAGAUGGCAUUACCACGUGGAGAGGUCCUUUGAAAUGGGCUCUAUGUUAUCGUCCUUUAGGUUCAAAUGCAGUAAUGUAUCAAGAGUACCUUUUGCUAUUGAUGGCAAAUAUUGAAUUCCCUGAGACGGCUGCUUAAGCGCGACAUUGGGGUGGAAGAGUUUCCGACGGUUAACUGUUCCAUUCGACGGG